GCAGGUGAACUGUCAACGAGUUGCAGCUGCUGUUGCUGUUUUUCAUAUUUUUUAUUGUAGACGAGUGACCGAUUGCAGCGUUUGGCGAAGGAAAAAUUGCUCGUAAAAAGGAUUAAAAACAUCACCAGAUUUCGGCUGAUUGGAAGGAAGGCACCCUCGAUAAAAAGCGCUAUCAUGGCAUUCAACUUUUCGGCUUUCAGCUACAUCGUGGCUCUGAUUAUCGACGCUUUUCUGAUCUUUUUCUCGAUAUUCCAUGUGAUUGCGUUCGACGAGUUGAAAACGGAUUACAAGAACCCUAUAGAUCAGUGUAAUUCACUGAAUCCGUUGGUCCUGCCGGAAUACGCGCUUCAUGUGCUGUUUAACCUGCUGUUCCUGUUUGCCGGGGAAUGGUUCUCGUUGGCCAUCAAUAUCCCCCUGAUUGCGUAUCACGUUUGGCGAUACUCGAACCGACCGGUCAUGUCCGGACCGGGCCUAUACGAUCCCACCAGCAUCAUGAACGCUGAUGUUUUGGCCAAGUGCCAACGCGAAGGAUGGAUCAAACUGGCCGUUUAUCUACUCUCUUUCUUCUAUUACUUAUAUGGUAUGAUCUACUCGCUCAUAUCGACGUAAGAGGUAUUGUAAAACCAAAAACUCAGUCAAUAAAAAAUGUUAUCAAAAUACCCACAACCAGCGCAUAUUCAUAGACUAAAAUCGACCGCCCCAGGUUCGAACAUCGACCAACGCAAAUCCUGCGUUGAAGUGGACAUUUCAAAUUUCUAGAUCGAUUCCAUCCAAGGCCGUAGCGCUGGCGGCCUGAUUCUGCCAUUUUCCUAGUAUGUUACGCUCCUUUUUUCAUCUCAUGUUCAUGCUAGCAGCGUUGAACCAUCACACAUUUACCACAUCGGAGGACGUAAGGCUGCUUCAGAACUUUUAAUUUAUUGGAGAACUCAAAAUUCUACACUUUGAACUUUAACGAAAGUAUUUUUUGCGCGAAAUUUGUCAUCAACCGGUACAUGCUUGCUUGCAGUCCGAUGCAUUUUGUUAACCGUAAAUAAUCGUUGCUAAUGUUGUAAGUAAGCAAACCAACGUAUAAUUGUAGGUAGUAGGACAUAGUAGGGAUAUAGUGUUGUAGCUAAAUCAAAAAAGAUGUGGAAUAAAACUCAUACCGUAAGAAGUCAAAA